GUCACCGUUACAUCUGACUCUGAAUGACUUUUAAAAUGAGAGAAAAUGUACUUUGCGGACAUCCAUAAUAAUCUUAACUAAGAUAGAAAUGGAUGAUAUUAAAUCAGCCCUGGAAGUAGAACUGGAAAGGCUGAGAAAACUGGUGAGGAAAUACCGAACAGAAAGCAUUGUUUUCGCAAAACCCAGAAAAAGCAAAAGUUUAGAAUAUAGCGCAGAGCUUAGACCCAAUGAAAAUAGUGACGCGUAUGAGAGCCAUAAUCCAGUUAGCUCGUUGAACUGUGAACAGUUAUCUUCACCAAAGGUUCCGAAAUCGCGUUGUGUACAGUUUGCUCCAGUGAACAACUGCUGUGAGAGUGUUAGUCGUCUUUCAGAUUCAAAUGAAGUUAUACGCAAACCUAACAGACCUUCACAGCACCGCACACGUUUUCUUGACCCUCCAACAAAUAUUGAUAUGCCAUCUAGAUAUCACCCAGUACCGAAAUACCCCCUGAAGAAGAAUCCAAGAGAAAUUUUACUUAUACUGCCAUGGAUUUGAUAGAAAGGAGGAGAUUUCAGGAAUCAUUUUUACAUUUACAUGAAUUUUACCGGAAAAACUAUCCACUUGAUAGUGAAUUGGUAAUUGAGUUAAGGUAAGUCACUGUAUUAGGUAUGUCGUUAUUACUAGUGGGUAAUCACUGUUAUAAUCUUACUCAUAUUAUUAGUCGAG